CAGGCAGAGGCCGUGUUGGGGCGCCGGGCUCGUUCGCAUAAAGUUGAAGUCCUGGAGGCUCGUCGGUCUACGUUUGCCUGUUACGUAAGCAGGGUACUGGGUUCGACCCGGGUUCGCGUCGGUGCCAGUAUCGCGAGUUGCUUGCUCCUUGCGUAUCUUUUUGCUGAAAACAGUGAGCUGCAGGCCGAGAAGAUGAAUUUGUCCAAGUUAGCUGCCACCCAACUGAAGAGCGUCUCAACAGGAGAGAUGGUGACGCUGGGCUCGCUGUGGGCCGACCAGCCGACGGUGGUGACCUUUCUGCGCCGGUUCGGAUGAGUGUUCUGCAGGCUGGGGGCGAAGGACCUGAGUGCCAUCCACCCCCAGCUGAAGCAGCACGGCGUCCGCCUCGUCGGCGUCGGGCUGGAGGAGCUCGGACAGGAGGAGUUUGUCAAGGGACAGUACUUCUCCGGAGAGCUGUUCGUGGACCUGAAGCAAGAGACGUACAAGGAGAUGAAGGUGAAGAAGCACGGCUACUUCAGCAUCUGGCCCAGCGUGUUCGGCAAGAAGGGACGCGACGCCAUGAGUCGGGCCAAGACCCUGUCGAUCGAGGGCGACAUGAAGGGCGACGGCUUCACCAUGGGCGGCACGUUGGUGGUCAGCGCCGGCGGGAAGGAGACGCUGCUCCAUUUCAAGCAGGAUGGCCCGGCCGACCACGUCGAGAAUGGCGCCGUGCUCAAGGCGCUGGGGAUCGACGCUGCGCCGCCGGCGGCCGCCGACAAGCCGGAGGCGGCCUGCGAUGAUGCGUGCCCGCGCUAGACGUCCGCGCGGCGGCGUGCUGCGGUAGCGGCGUGGCGCGCGCCGGCGCCGGCCGGCCGGGCCGCAUGACGGCGACGGCGCAAAGUCCGCGGACGGCCUCCGCCCGAGGCUGGGCCCGGUCGGCCGGCCGCCGACGCGCUUUGACGCGUCGCCCCCCAGCAGGCUGCCCGUGCCCGCGCGCGCUGCUCGACCAUCUGUCUAUGUCGGUUUUUGGUGUCGCUGUUGUGGCGUUGUCGAUGUUUUGUCGCAGCGCGCUCCGUCGUCGUGUGGAGUGGGCGCACCGUGUCCUUGUCGUCGAUGUACUCGUGUCUGCGUGUCGACCGAUCUGGCCUUCUGUUGAUGUCCGGGGCCCGAGCCGAGUCGAGCCGAGGCACAGGACUGUGAUGUUCUCUUUGCUACUCUACUGCCUGACGGCAUUGUUUAUGGAAAAUACACAUGGUAUACUGACUCGGUGCUUCAGCGUGUUAUCAACACUCAGUUUGGUCUAAUCAUCAUACUUGUUACCAGGCGGGGAGUAUAGCGUUGGUGAACCCAUGUCAGCCUAUGAAAAGACCGUGAAUUACAGCGAAAAAGGGGUUCUUUGUUGUAACGCAACAUGGUAAUAUACGCAGUACCUUU